UCAUUAGACACUGCUUUCUCUCAAACCCCAGAAAUCAAGAAGAAGAGCAUUAAUCCAUCACAUUUCUCUUUCAAACUUUUACCAACACCCAAAUCACAAAACCCCGAAAUGGGUCCACCCAAAUUCAUGCGCCCAAAAGCACAAAUCAAUGGCGAAGAAGCAGAAAAACCCAUCAAUUUGGUGAGCUCAAACCUUUACGUAGCCAAUUGCGGCCCAGCAGUGGGUCUCUCGUACGAAGCCAUAUCAACGGCGUUCAGCCAAUUCGGCGUCGUCCGAGGAGUUCACGCGGCCGACGACAGUGGCACGCGAGUUAUCGUCUCAUUUUUCGACGAGGGUUCAGCUCAAUCAGCUUUCACCGCUUUCAAUGGCCGUCGUUGUUCGCAGCUUUCUAACCGGUUUUUGCAUAUCCGCUUCUCUGUACCUCGCCCAUCUUCGCCGGUACGAGAUCGUGAUAUGGUGGAUGUAUCAUUGACUGCUGAAGAGCUAGAUAUACCUGGCCUUCACUUGUUUCUGGACUUCAUUACUCCAAAAGAAGAGGAGGAACUACUUGCAGCAGUUGAUUUGAGACCCUGGAUAAGUCUUGCUAAAAGAAGAGUUCAGCAUUAUGGUUAUGAGUUCUGCUAUCAGACUAGAAAUGUUGACACAAAAAAGUUCUUGGGUGGACUUCCAUCAUUUAUUUCACCUGUGCUAGAAAGAAUCUCAGCAUCUUCUCUUGAUGAUGCUGCAACUAUAAACUUGGACCAGUUAACAGUUAAUGAAUACCCACCUGGAGUGGGAUUGUCCCCUCAUAUUGAUACUCAUUCAGCAUUUGAGGAUAAGAUUUUCAGUCUUUCACUAGCAGGGCCUUGCAUUAUGGAAUUCAGAAGGUAUCAAGGAGGUAUUUGGCAAUCUGAUCCUGCAAUGAGCAAGACUAUGCACGAAGAGAAUCCUGAAAAUUCCACAAACUUCUUAAGAAGAGCUAUAUAUCUUCCCCCACGGUCAAUCCUUCUAUUAUCAGGCGAGGCACGUUAUGCUUGGCAUCAUUACAUCCCACACCAUAAGAUUGACAAUGUGAAAGACAGCUUGAUUCGAAGGGCCUCAAGAAGGGUAUCUUUCACACUGCGUAAGGUCCGUACAAGACCUUGCUGCUGCGAUUAUGGUCAGUACUGUGACUCUCAGAGGUAGAGAGAGUGAGAUCCUGUGUAAAGGUAACCUGCAUGUAGUGACAGCUUAACAACCAGCUAAUGGAAAAUUGCGAUGGAUGAUGGUGUUGCCAGAUUCUUUUUUUUCUCGUGGUUAAAAGGGUUGAAGCUCUUCGUUCAUUGAGAUUCACACAAUUGAAGAAAUUUGCUAAUUUUGAGAAAAUUAAUUUUCUCAGACCUUUGCCACAAUCGCUAAAGGGUGUUGUGGAUGCGGUUACAUGAAUUAAAAAGAAGGCACACUUCUGCUAAUUUGCAUCAAGAUUUAUGUUCGUGAUACUCUGAGAUUGCUGUGUCAGGACACUUGCUUGAAAUUUGGAAGCAAUAGCCACAAAAUAUAUUUACAUUGUUCAGGGAUUAGAUUGGAGAGUUGAGCUGCUGAUUAAUUAAUGGAACACCCAGAACUAAGAUUAUUUAAAGUAUAUUGUUUGAUGCAAUCAUGUAAUGAGGUGAAAUAAAAACACCUGCUAACAAAAUUUGCGCUUACCUUAAACCAUUCUCCCUUGUCCCAAUUUCCCAUA